AUGUCCCGCAAGAAGAGCCACAAGAGCAAGGGCGGCAGCGCGGCGCCCUCCUCCGCCCUGCCCGCCGCCCAGCAGCGCGCCGCCGCCGCCGCCGCCUCCUCCGCCGCCUCCUCCGCCGCCGGCCAGGGCAGGGGCGCGGCCGGGGCCAAGGGGGCCGCCAACGGGGGGCCGCUGCCCAGCCGCCCCUCGCUCAGCAGCAGCGGCGAGUUCCACGACGUCGCCUUCAAGGUGAUGCUCGUUGGUGACUCUGGAGUUGGCAAGACGUGCUUGCUGGUGCGCUUCAAGGACGGCGCUUUCCUGGCUGGGAGCUUCAUCUCAACGGUGGGGAUCGAUUUCCGGAAUAAAGUCCUGAAUGUGGAUGGUGUCAAAGUGAAAUUGCAGAUUUGGGACACUGCUGGCCAGGAGAGGUUUCGCAGUGUCACCCAUGCUUACUACCGGGACGCCCAUGCUUUGCUGCUCCUCUACGAUGUCACAAACCGAGCAUCCUUUGACAACAUUCAGGCUUGGCUGACAGAAAUCCAUGAAUAUGCAAAGCAAGAUGUCGUCCUUAUGUUGCUGGGAAACAAGGUGGAUUCAACCCAGGACCGAGUGGUGAAAAGAGAAGAUGGGGAGAAUUUAGCAAAGGAAUACGGGGUGCCCUUUAUGGAGACCAGUGCCAAGAGUGGCUUGAAUGUGGACUUAGCGUUCAUGGCCAUUGCCAAGGAGCUGAAGCACCGAUCGAUGAAGCUGCCCAACGAGCCCCGCUUCAGGCUCCACGACUACGUCAGGAAGGAGGUGAAGGGCGCCGGCUGCUGCCGCUCGUAAGCUCUCGGGGCCCCGUCCAGACCGCCUCUCUUCCGCGAGACGCACCACCUUGCCUGCUGCAUCUGCGACUCCCCUCGUCCUCCUCCCCUGCCGCACAAGCUCUACGAAUCUCUUCCUUGUGUCCCAUUGUCUUUGUGCAGGUGAAGCUCGGAAGAACUGGGCGGGGCUCGGCAGCGUCUUUUCCCAGGGCAAGCAGGUGGUUUCCAGAACAAAAGCUGGAUUAGAAGCAGCCCAAGGACGAGCUGAACGCGGGCCGUUUUGGGGGAGAGGAGGGGGGUGGAAAGCUUGCGCAGUCUCAACAUGGGUGUCCUACAAGGGUGCCCCUGAAGGGAUCAGGGUUGCGUGAGCACAGGGAGCGCUCCUGUUUCCAGGGGGCUCCGCAAGGUCUCGCCGGGUGGGUCGGGUGCCUCGUCCCUUGCAACCUGCUGUGGGUUGACUUGCUGGCAGCAGCUGCGGGUGUGGGACUUCGGCUCCACUUUCAUCGUUAUUGCCUCAAUGAGUACCCAGGUAUGGGUACCUUCACUGUUCUUUUUAAUAGUUAAAUGUUUGAUGUGUGCUAUUGCUAAGUUUUUAAACUACAUUUUUCCAAGGACCCAAACCAGGAGGAUCAAUUAUAGGUGACUGUUCUUGGGUGUAGUUGUCAGCCAUGCUGUCCACAGGGCAGAAUAAACUAUCCCUUCUGUUCCUUCCUUGGUGGUUAUGCGGAAGCUCUGGCAAGUCUCCUAGUUCAUCCCUGCACAUUGGAGUGUGCCUUCUUUGUAGAGAGCAGAGUUUUGUAUGUUUGAAGUAAGUUCAUCUCCUGGCCCUUCACUCAUUUCCUUGAUGCAUAUCCAGGGGUUGAUCCUGAAUGUGGUGCCUCUCUAGCAGUUCUGUCCUGCUGAAAAAAUGCAGCUCUUUUCAUGCAAGACAACACUGCGGCUGGACA